AUGGCAAGCGCAACACCCAAAUACGCCGCAAAAAGCACUCUUCGCUCCAUCAAAAACUUUACUAAUGGGUACUCAGACAUGCAAGCCAAGGUCCGCGAGGCUACCUCGAACGACCCUUGGGGACCAAGUGGCUCGCAAAUGAACGAACUUGCUGCAGCCAGUCAUAACCAACACGAGUUCCUAGAGAUCAUGGAGAUUCUGGACAAGCGUAUGAACGACAAGGGCAAGAACUGGCGCCAUGUCUUUAAGGCAUUGACUGUUCUAGACUAUUUGCUCCAUGUUGGUUCUGAAAGUGUCGUCAAGUAUGCACGCGAGAACCUCUAUAUCGUCAAGACCUUGAAGGAAUUCCAGUAUAUCGAUGAAGAUGGCAAGGAUCAGGGUUCGAAUGUUCGUCAAAAGGCCAAGGAUAUCACUGCACUGCUCUCGGAUGAGUCGCGCUUGAAGGAGGAGCGCCGAAGCCGCAAUGCUAUGAAUGAUCGUAUGAGCGGGCGAGCUCAUGGAGCAGACCGAUUUGAACAACACACACCUGUCUAUGAACGGCCUGGAGCGACGGAUGAAGAUCGUGAUCUCCAGAGAGCUCUGGAAGAGAGUCGGCGGAUGGCCCAAUCAGAUGACACUUCCCGAAACAGCGAGGACGACGAUCUCAAGAAAGCCUUGGAGCUGAGCGAGAGAGAGGAGCAGGAUCGUAUCAAGACAGUGGAAAAGUACAACGAGCUCUCACUUACCGAAGACUGGGAGGCUGACGACAAGCCUGUCAAUCGCUAUGAGCAGCAGAACAACACCGACUUCUUUGGCAACGACUUUGGCGGACAGAACAACAACAACAACAACAACAACAACAACAACAACAACAACAACAACUUUGAUGCAUUCUCUCCUGCGAACGAAUAUGGAAACGACAGUAACGGCUUCCUCCAACAGCAGGCCACUGGAUUCAACAACAACCCUUACCUCCAGUUCCAACAGCAGCAACUCCAGCAACAGCAACAGCAACAGCAACAGCUCAUGCAGCAACAAAUGAUGCAGCAGCAGAUGCAGCAGCAACAACAAAUGGCGUUUUUGAACACCAUGAACAACCCUUACCAACAGCAGCUUAUGCCUCAGAUGACAGGGGCACCUAACCUCGGCUCCAACAACCCCUUCAGUGCCUUUGCUCAGAAGCCAGCAAUGACUGGUCAGCCCACUGGUCUGAACGGAAGCAAUGGUUUCAACAGUAACAACAACAACAGCAACGGCCUCAACAACGGUUUCAACAGUAGCAGCAGUAACAAUAACACCCUUGGCGAGUUGUCGUUCCUUCAGAACUCUAUGACUGGCGCUCCUGCCACAAGUCAGCCGGCUGCAACGAAGGCUGCCAACCCCAACGACGAAAAGUAUGCUCAUUUGGCUACGGCUUUGUCGAACCGUGACGAUGGCAUGGAUACUUUCGGAAACAUCGGUCAGCUUCGCAUCCCUUCGCACACCUCCUUUGGAUUGGGCAAUCGUAGCACGAAUGCUAAUGGAGCAGCCAACCCCUUCCAGAACCUCGGUGGCGCUGGCGCCAGCAACAACAGCAAUUCACUGAUCGACAUUGGUGACUCUGGAAGCAACCUUGGACGAAACAACAGCAACAACCCCUUCCAAGCAAUAGCACAGGGAGGUGGCCAGACCCACAGCGGGUUCCUGUCGUCUCAGGCAACUGGAUUUGGAGGGAUGAAUGGCAAUGGCUUUGGUCAAAACGGGCAGACGAACGGCAACAACGGUGCCUACAGCAGUAACAUGUUGUUUUAA